AACUUCAUCAAAUAUAUGACACAAAUGUAGGGAAGUAUUUUAGUGAUUUGCCUGAAAAUACAUAUUUUAUUUGCAUAAACUGUUUUACAAAAGGAUUUAAUAAAUUUUUAAUAAAACAAAAUAAAAGAUAAAAUUACAGUAUCUGAUAUAUAUAAAGAACAUUUUUAAGAUAUUAUAUUUGAAGUUGUGAACGGUUCAAAUUAAGAAGCAGCAGCUAAGCAAGUGAAUCAAAAAGGAACUUAGAAUUCAGUAAUGGAAAGCCCAUGUGAAUCGGAAAGUUCUUUAGAUGGGGGAAGCAUGCUGCCACCAAGUCCAGUAUCUAGAGAACAAUUGCAAAAGAGAAUAGAAUCACUCACGCAGCAGAAUAAAGUUCUAAAAGCUGAAUUAGACACAUUUAAAAUCAAAUGUAAAGUGGUGCAGGAAGAGAAUAGAACACUAAAACAAGCUUCAGUUAUAAUUCAAGCAAAAGCGGAACAAGAAGAAGAAUAUAUAUCGAAUACAUUACUAAAAAAAAUUCAAGCAUUGAAAAAGGAAAAAGAGACUUUGGCGCAUCAUUAUGAACGUGAGGAGGAAUGUUUAACAAAUGAUUUAUCACGUAAAUUAGAUCAAUUACGUCAAGAAAAAUGUAAACUAGAACAAACAUUAGAACAAGAACAAGAAUGUCUUGUCAACAAAUUAAUGCGCAAAAUUGAAAAACUGCAAGCCGAAACUGACAACAAGCAAACUAACUUGGAACAAUUGCGGAGAGAGAUGGUUGAAUUAGAAAACACGUUGGAACAGGAGCAAGAAGCGUUAGUGAAUAAAUUGUGGAAGCGCAUGGAUAAAUUAGAAACAGAGAAACGUUCAUUGCAAAUAAAACUUGAUCAACCAGUUUCAGAUCCCACCACACCACGUGAUAUUACUAAUGCCAAUGGGGACACUGCUUCUCAUCUUACUUCACAUGUUCAAACUUUACGCUCGGAGGUGAUAAGAUUACGUGCCAAUUUAGCGGCUGCACAAAAAGAAACAACUAUUAAAAUGCAACAAUUUGCACAGGAAGAAAAAAAUAUACGCGAGGAAAAUCGUAAACUUAAACUGGAAGUUGAACGUAGGGAAGCUCUUUGUCGACAUUUAUCUGAAUCUGAGUCUUCGCUAGAAAUGGAUGAGGAACGUUUCUAUAAUGAAAGCUUAAUGGCUGGAGGAAAUCCACUUGUCGGAAAUACAGCUGCCGCUCAACGCCAUCGCCAACGUACUAUAAGUAGUCCAGUUUCUAAUAGUCCCUCAAACAGUCGUCCAUUAAGUCCAGGUACAGCACAACAGAAUCGUUGUUAUGCUUGUGGUCAAAUUGUGAAUCGGAGAGCAAGUGAACGCUUUAUCAAACCUGCUUUACCUACACCAAUGUUAGGAUUGAAUACGUCUGCUCCAAAUGUGCUAGGGUCGAGUACAGGUGGUCCUAGUGCUAACUUAAACUCAAACUCUCUGUUUUCAGCAACAACUGCGUCUAGUGGUUUUCUAUCGGGUAUCAAUAGCGAUCGUUUAAAUUAUGGAGCCAGUGGAGCUUUCAAUUCAGCAUCAUUACUCAGUGGUGGUAAUUCAUCAAACACUACCACUUUUAAUGUAAAUGCAAGCAAUGUCUUAAAUCAGACUGCUUCCAAUCCAAUUAACAUAAAUUUAAACAGCUCGUCCAGUAGCUCUUCAAGUAUAAUGAAUACAAGUAAUUCUUCGCUUUCAGCUUUUACGCCAACUAAUACAAGCUCCUCCACAUCAUUUGCACAGCCAGCCAGUCCAAUGGACACAUCAGUUUAUAAAGAGUAAAAAAGGACUGCUAGCUAUGAAUAUACAUAAUAUCAAAUGCCGUCAACAUGAGUUAAAUAUUUUUAUUUUAUAUAUUUCUAUAAAAGGAAUUGAUUUCUAAUUUAUGUUCGAAUUCAAGUUGAAAGUUGAAAGCUGAACUAAUAUAACAAAUAUAUAGAUAAAUAUGAAAUAUAUAUUUUUAAACAGUUAAACAGUUUCUUCUAUACCAAAUGAAGUGCUGGUACUAUAAAUAAUAAGAAAUGCAGCCACAUUCAAAAAGCCUAUUUCGUAUGAAAAAUGCUUAUAUUAAAUUUAAAUUAA